AUUCCCCACCGACCAAUGCCCAACAGUCUCCACCCUGUCUGGGCCAAACUUUGCUUUGGACGUCACGUCCUCCUGGUCUACCUCUGCAGUCAGAGCGAGGAAGGUCGUGCAUUUGGACUCAAGCGCAGCUCGGACAUGCCUUCGCUGGGGUUGGAGAUUCUCGGAGUGGCCCUGGCUGUCCUGGGCUGGAUCUCGGCCAUCGCUUCCUGCGCGUUGCCCAUGUGGAGGGUGUCGGCCUUCAUCGGGGUGAACAUCGUCACGGCCCAGGUCACCUGGGAGGGCAUCUGGAUGAACUGCGUGGUCCAGAGUACGGGCCAGAUGCAGUGCAAGAUCCACGACUCCAUGCUGGCUCUGAGCGGCGACCUUCAGGCGGCUCGCGCCCUCACCGUCAUCUCCAUCGUGUUGGGAGUCCUGGGAGUCCUGGUGUCCAUAACUGGGGCAAAGUGCACCAACUGCGUGGAUGAGGAGGCCAGCAAAGCCCGGGUGAUGAUAGCUGCCGGGGUGGCCUUCAUCUUGGCUUCCCUCAUGCAGAUCAUUCCCGUGUCGUGGUCGGCGCACGCCAUCGUCACGGAGUUCUACAGCCCGCUCAUCCCCGAGGCGCAGAAGAGGGAGAUUGGGGCGGCUCUGUAUUUGGGCUGGGCCGCCGCAGGAUUUCUCCUCGUUGGGGGCGCCAUUCUCUGCUCCAGUUGCCCACGGCAACCAGAGAAAAGGUACGGACCCCCGUCAAAGAUGGUGUACUCCCACACCAGGUCAGUCGCUCCGAGCGGCUAUGACAGAAGAGACUAUGUCUGAAGCCGGACUUUUCUCACGUCCGUCGCCAUGGAAACGUUGAACCAUCAAGGACAAACCUUCAUAGUGAACGAUACUUUGAAUGAUUUCUGUUUGCCACUUUGUUGGAAGCAGUAUUUUGUACUGUGACAGUAUAUUCUGUGACUGUUGACGGUUUCUUCUUUGGUUUCUUUCUGUUUUAUAUAACUUUACCUAAUCAAAUGCAUGUUUGCUAUAAAGUUUUACUGAUAAAGUCUGUUUUUAUUUCUACAUUUUUCCUAAAAUAAAAGUCGAAAACUGACUCAGCAAGCAAAGCUCAUCAGUGUGUCAGGAAACCUGCAGAGAAGGUUCACCUUCAGGUGGAACGUGUCGACGGUCAGCCGCUGCUCCUGUUUAAUGUGACUAACAGUCCGAAACCCGACACGGUAGCUACAGCGUGCCGGGAACCUCCUGCCUUAGUCUGACAUCAGAAACCGUAACACUCACCUGUCAUUUAGGUAACACCACGAGAGGCGGGGUCACUGGCCUGGCAAAACCAAUUCUCACCUGUAGCAGGAGGCUUUUUAUUCAAAAGGCAACUCCCACCACAUGGCCCAAAGAAAUGGACCAGUUUACCAAAAUAAAGGGCAGAGUUUAAAGAUAGAAAAACCACUGAAACCCUGACAGAUAGAUAGAGAUAGAGAUAGAGAUAGAGUUCUUCUGACCUUCCAGAACAUACAAAUCAAUCACGAAGAAAAAUUUACAACUUUUUACAACAAAUAUUUAUUUAUUUAUAAAGAAGAAUUAAAAAUGGAAUUAAAGCGCUGUAAAUUAAAGCUGAAUAUAAAAAACUGUUUAAUAAAUGAGCAAAUAAAAAAAACACAAGAAAAGCUUGAAGAUAAAAACAUGAAACACAACAAAAACAAAACAAAAUCUCAUAUGGGACCAAAUGAUUGGCCAGGAACAGGAACAUAAGGCUCGAAAUACUAAAGUUAUAUAUAUCGUCUAAAGUUUUGGCUGUAUGUUAAACGAUGCAGCUUCUCCUCAAAACUAAAAUAAUAUGUUAAAGUUAAAUACAAUCUUUUUUCAAAACUGCUUUAGACAAACAUUUGGAAGUUGGACUGCUGUCCAUUAAGUUUGUGUAAAUAUUUAUAUGAAAUCCAAAUUUAGAAUAAACCAAAAUGAUUCACCCUUUAAGUUUUAAAGUUACUUUUAUAAACCUUUAUUUAAAAAGAAAACGUGCUUACUGCCAUUAAAGCGUUUGAGCAGUUUUCCACUUUGAUGCAGUAAAUCAGCAUCUAAAUGUUCACUUUCAGUAUAUUUUAGGUGUUUUUUGUUUUUCCACUUGUCCAGCAAAUGAUUAAACAGAUUAGAUCUCUUCUGUUGGACAGAUUUUGCUGUUACAAAAGGAGUUUAUUAAUAUAAACCCCUUUUGUAUUUGGAGCUAAAUUUGAUUUAAAUUACAUUUAAAUACAUUUCUUGUUGGACCAGAUGGAAGAUUUGAGCUCCUCUUGGUUUAUUCAUUGCUGUGGAAUUUAAAUCUUCAUAAUAAAAGGUUUCUUUAAUGGUAUCCAAAAUCGCUUUUUCUUCAAUUUUUUCUGCUUCUUUGAUCUAAAUUAAACAUAUAACUUAUAAAGUAAACUAGACUUUUAGAAGACUGUAAAGCUUUUAUAUGAGAUCUAUUGUAAGAUAAAUAUACAACUUUUUCUUUGUGGUUAAAUUCAUAUUUUAUCAGUUUUGAAGCUAAAGUUCGUUUGGUUUUCAUUACAGUUUCACACUAUUUGAAUUAAUAUCUGGAAAAUUUCUGAACUCACAUUAAAGAAAUGGAAAUACAAAAAGAAAACCUCCAGGCACAACAUGAUUAACAUAAAACAGGAAAAAAGGAGAACCCAGUACGGAACCAGGUGGAACUCCCUCUGUAAGUUAAGGAUACAGCAGUUUGUGAAGUUUAAACACACCAGCAGUGGUGAGUUUAAAGCUAUAAUUGACUGAGCUGCCAUUCAAUGUAAUGUUAUUUCUGUUGAUUUAUUAAAAUAAAAGCCUUUGAUUCCCACCAGCAGGUGAAAAAGGAAUUCUUUCUGUUCGCUUUGGGAUCCUCUGGUCGCCCUCACCUGUCCCUUCCAGCUCCCAUUCACCUGUUGAACUGAGAUAACAAGAACUCUUCCAGACAAUGCCCCCAUUGCGAGGAUCUGGUGGGGGUGGGAGGAUUUCUUUUUUAACACUGUGAGUGUGGAGCGCUUAUGAGAGCCGUACAUUAGUUAAGAGGCUGUCACUAAGUAACAGAGGCCUGAAGUCCUUUAUUGGCCUUAAAACCUCACGGAGGAUGUCUGUAAUAACCAGAAGAGUUUCUAUUUAUAGCUAUUCAGCAAUGAUUAUUCCAAAAA